GUUUUUAGGGGUGGCGCGUAUUGGCCACCGUUUGCUCUCAUUUAAUGCCUACGGGGUUUUUUUUUUUUGCCCCAAAGAGACACUCUGACUGCACCUGAGUUCUUUAUGCCCAGAUUUGUGUGUGUCGUGGCGUUUUUAAUGCUUGAUGUCAGAGGUGAUAAAUGGCCGCAGUAAUGGGGAGCCCCUGAAGCACCUGCUGGUCUGACUGUGGGGGAGGCUGGCUGGAGGUGGGACGGGAGAAAUGAAUCAGGGAUCCUGUUUGGGUAUUCUGCUGAAGUUAUCAUGUUUCUGUUCAACUAUACCAGUUCUAGAACAAGUUGAUAAAUCCAAUUCUAGGACUUUGUGAUAGAAGAGGUUUGAGUGGCAAAGAGACCCGAGAUGACCUGGUUUGGUUAAGAAUGUCUGGGGUAACCGAAGUCUCUCUUACCGUUUCCCCUUGGCAUGUUCAUUUCCUUGCUGUCACAAAUGCCCAAGUACACGAAUGAUGGCAGAUAGGAAAGAAGCUAGCUGACAGCAUUUAGCACAGGCCUGAGCCCAAGAUCGAGAUGUUUUCAAAUGAGCAAAUGUCUAGCUGGGAAAAGGAAAAUCUUUUUAUCUGCAGGUUUGGUGGGUUGACAGAACGUGCUCUGUGAGAACUGUCAGUCCAUACCCCUACUUCAUUUUGUGUAAUGCCAUAGAUAUUAAGGAUUCAGUGGUCAUGACAGCCAUAGAUGCCACUCCUAAGAUUUGUGUGAUUUGAAUUUUCAUAAGUCAUAGUUUAACCAAAGCAUUACUACGUAAAGGAAUCCUAGAGUGAAGUCCUCUGUAAACCCCUCUGUGUGUCUUGGAUUUUGAUAUUUGGAGUCUGUUUAAAACAGAAUAUGCAUAUUUAUUUGGAUUUGGCUUUGCCUUGGAGAUAAUCCUGAGUCAUGCUUUAGAGAAGUUCCUUCUGUGAUCAAGAGCUCACAUGUCUGGUGGUCUCUAUAACGGCCGAGUGUUCCCUUUUACCUGUAGGUCUCCUUCUGGAGCUCUGGGGAAAGGAGGAUCCUGGGGGAUUGGAAGCAAUUUGCGAGGGCUUGUCUUCCAUUUUUGCCCCGUCUCCAUGCCAGUGCUCUAAAUUACUUGUGUUCACACUCUCAAGUUUCUCAUUUUACUAAGAAAUUUCGUUUAUGCUCCUGCCAUUGGUAUUUUCACAUUUGUUUAAUACUUGCCAGUUUACAAAUAGUUUUUCUACUCAUGGUCUCUUUUAUUUUCUCCUUUUCUGCAAACAAGAAGCUGGGCAUAAAGAAUGAUGUACCCAGGGCCUCAUAAUUAGUAACAGCAGAAUUGGGAUACAGAUCCUCAUCAGUAACCAGUUCUCUUUCCUCUGCACUGGCUUGCGUGUGACUUCAGAACCCCAGUCCUGAUCUGUUAGCCUGUAGGUCGGUUGUUGCCUUGGUGUUGAGUCUAAGUGGUAUCAUUUGGGGAAGGUGGUGUUAUCCUGUGUUAUCUUGUAGAAACUGAGGGUAAGAGGAAUCUUACGAUUUUGCGACAGCUCUUUUGCGACAGCUCUUUAGUAUUAAGAUAACUUUUCAACCUAAAGCGCCUUUCUUCUAGACCACGUGGAGAGAGGAGAGAGAAAAAACAAUUAGUUUUAGGAAAAAACAAUCCAUUUCUCCAGUGGUAUGGUUAAGGGUAACCUAACACCAUAAUCACAUUCUCCUUGUGUACCUGGCUACUUGUGCCAGCCUGUAUGUGAAUGUUAACCCAAAGACUCCUUUAGAUGUCACUGAACUAGUUACUAUAAAAAGUAUUUCACUUUCAAACUCCCACAUUUCAAGAACAGAGACAUUCAGUACAAAGGUUAUUUUGAAGGUAUGUAUGGAUGGAAUUUAUUGUGACUUUUCUGAAUGCCAGAUAUAAAGAUUUCAGUAGAAAGGCAUUUUAAAAGGGCUACGUGGAAACUUAGGGAAGGCAGUAAUUGCAGGUUUUUAUUAUUUAUUCAAGUUUGGGGGUAUGUAUUGUAAUGUAUAGGCUGUUAAUAUAAGAGUAGGACUUUUGCCCUGGAGAAUUCUUGGUCUGUAGCAGAAAUGAUAAAGCCAGAAUAUUUAUGUUAAAUUAGUUUGUCAUAAUCAGAAAGUCUUUAACUGCACUUCUGCAGUGGCGAGGAGAAUGGCUUUCAGGGGUUCUUAGGUUAUUCUUUAUUAACUUGUUGAAUUGUGCAUUUUUCUGAUUUCCUACUUUAGAAAAUUCUUAGCAGUUUCUUUUAAGGCUUUUAUAAAUUCUUUAGUGUUUGUUUUCCUUAACUUAAUCAUUUGCUGACAUUACACUGUCAGAAUUUAUACGUUAAUCAUGAUUAACCUUUGAAGCUUAAAUGUGGGUGAAUUUUCAGUACUGCGCUAUCUUCUUUGGGAACGGUCAGCCAGUUGUUUCCACAAGAAUUUUAUUUGCGCCAAAGGUCAGAUCUCUUCAGGUGAACUGAUUUUACAGGGUCAGAAGCCUUUCUGUGAACUUUAUAAUUGUGUGUGCUUGGCUGCAUUCACUGUUGUUUAAAAUUAUCUUUAGUAAAGAAAGUCACUUUAAAAGAAAAUUUUUUUCAUUAUUACCCUCGUACUCUCCAUUCCUGGCAAAUUUUCUGAAAUAUUAGAUUUUUCUUUGUCUUCCUCAAGUGAAACAGGCCCAUUUGAUGCCCAUUUUGAGCUCUUCCUUCUGCUGCCUGUCUUGUGGUCAUUUAACUUCUCAUUAAGCCCUCCGCUGGAGACUGUGCCAGAAGGGGGAGAAGAUGAAAAGCAAAUGAAUCAUUUUUUAAUUGUUAGCAGGUCUGGAAAAUGAUUUAGUAGAAGAGAUUGAAGCUAUUCUGGAAAUUCUUUUGGAUUAUGUUUUAUUUUAUUCAUUUACACGGCCUCUAAGAUAUUCCUAAAAGUCAUCAAUUCAGAGGCUGAUUAUCCAGCUGUUGGAUGACCAGGAGUCUUCCUGCUUUUUUAGGUUUGUUUCUUGCUGUAUCUAAGCAUCGCCAUAGAGGAUGUUUAGAAGUAAGAAAUAGAGACAAAAUUUAAUCAAUACAGUUUUUUCCCGUGGAGCUCUUUAGUGAACAAUUUGAUUUUUUGGGCCAGUUUAGUCAUUGUUAUUGGCAGUGACUAAUAGUAACUUCGUUUAUUUUGGUGUAUCUUAAACACAAGUGUUGGAAGGCUUUUGGGUGCUUUUUAAGAAACAUGGGCUUGUAUAGAUCCCUACAGUUGCUUUCCUCGGUUCCUGAGCCUGAGGUUUCAUUACAUCUUUGUACUGGAACAGGACCUUGGCUUUUGCCAUGGAUGGAUUCAGGGACAUCAUCUAAUUUUCUGUUUAUGAUUGCUCAGCAAGUUAUCUUGUUUUGAUUUAGCAGUAAAAAAAAAAAAAGCAUUGAUAGUGGACAGACCUUGCCAACAGCUGUAACAUUGAUGAUGUCUGGUUUCUUCCCUGUCUUUGGUCUCCCAUUUCUCCUUUAACCGUUCGGAUCUUCAUGGAUUGGAGUUCUUUACUUCACUUAAUACAGGAGGACAGCAGCCUUCAAUCAUACUAUUUUCCUGGAACCUGGGCUCCCGGAGACGCAGCGCUGGAGCAGAUGGAUAAUGGAGACUGGGGCUAUAUGAUGACUGAUCCAGUCACGUUAAAUGUAGGUGGACACUUGUACACAACGUCUCUCACCACAUUGACGCGAUACCCGGAUUCCAUGCUUGGAGCUAUGUUUGGGGGGGACUUCCCCACAGCUCGAGACCCUCAAGGCAAUUACUUCAUUGAUCGAGACGGACCGCUUUUUCGAUAUGUCCUCAACUUUUUAAGAACUUCAGAGUUGACCUUACCCCUGGACUUUAAGGAAUUUGAUCUGCUUCGGAAAGAAGCAGAUUUUUAUCAGAUUGAGCCCUUGAUUCAGUGUCUCAAUGACCCUAAGCCUUUGUAUCCUAUGGAUACUUUUGAAGAAGUUGUGGAGUUAUCUAGUACACGGAAGCUUUCUAAGUACUCCAAUCCAGUAGCUGUCAUUAUAACCCAGUUAACCAUCACCACCAAGGUCCAUUCCUUACUAGAAGGUAUCUCAAACUAUUUUACAAAGUGGAAUAAACACAUGAUGGAUACCAGAGAUUGCCAGGUUUCCUUUACUUUUGGACCCUGUGAUUAUCACCAGGAAGUUUCUCUCCGGGUCCACCUGAUGGAGUACAUUACAAAACAAGGUUUCACGAUCCGCAACACCCGGGUGCAUCACAUGAGUGAGCGGGCCAAUGAGAACACAGUGGAGCACAACUGGACUUUCUGUAGGCUGGCGCGGAAGACGGACGACUGAUCGCCAACCCUGAGAGAAGGUCCUGGAAAUUGACUCUCCAGCAGGUGGAAGAGACUGAUUUUUUUUAAAUUUCAGUGUGGGAUUUUUUUUUCUUAAUAUUUGUAUUUAUUUGAAGGCAUUGAGGACCAGAAGGAAGUUUUGUGCUUUAGCAGACUCCUCUGUUUUGUUCCCUUCAUCCUGAGUAUGCAUGUGCCUGUUCAGAGCCUCCAGAUACCUUUUUUAUAAAAAGAAGUUGGAAAAUCAUUAUGGUAUAUAAUCUACCCUUAACAGAGCUUUUUUAUUACAGUGCUAAAAUGAUUUCUGAUUAAAUGGUCCCUAACUCAACUAGAAGGCUAAAAAUGCAGGAAUGAAAGAAUAAACAGAGUACUCAUGAGGCCUUUGAGAAAAUUCAAAACAUCAUGUAGGGUGACCUAGUUUCCAAACCAAUAAGCAGUAUUGUAAUAUUAAAGGAAAACUGUUCCAAUCAUUUAAAAGUACUUGUUAAGUACUGCUUUUUACAGUUAUGACAACUGU